GACGACAACAACGACCCCUCCGACGACAACAACUGUUCCGACAACAAUAACGACCCCUCCGACGACAACAACUGUUCCGACAACAAUAACGACCCCUCCGACGACAACAACUGUUCCGACGACAACAACGACUGUUCCGACGACAACAACGACCGCUCCAACGACAACAACGACCGUUCCAACUACAACAACGACCCCUCAGACGACAACAACUGUUCCGACGACAACAACGAUCGCUCUGACGACAACAACUGUUCCGACAACAAUAACGACUGUUCCGACGACAACAACGACCGCUCCAACUACAAGAACGAACCCACCGACGACAACAACGACUGUUCUGACGACAACAACGACCGCGCCAACUACAAGAACGAACCCUCCGACGACAACAACGACUGCUCCGACGACAACAACGACCCCUCCGACAACAACAACUGUUCCGACAACAACAACGACUGUUCCAACGACAACAACAACGACUGUUCCAACGACAACAACAAUAACCACUGUUCUGACGACAACAACGACUGUUCUGACGACAACAAUGACUGUUCCGACGACAACAACGACGGUUCCGACGACAAGAACGACUGUUCCGACGAAAAGAACGACUGUUCUGACGACAAGAACGACUGUUCCGACGACCAGAACGACUGUUCCGACGAGAAGAACGACUGUUCUGACGACAACAACGACCGCUCCAACUACAACAACGAUUCCUCCUCCGACAACAAGAACGACCGCUCCAACUACAACAACGAUUUUUCCUCCAACAACAAGAACGACCGCUCCUACGACAAAAACAACUACUACACCAACGACAAUUCCAACUACGAUUAUUACUACUACGACCACAACAGAGGCGACACAGACAACAGCACCAACUACUCCCAAAGUGACUACCAUUAUACCUGA